AUGACUUGGGCAGCUCCAUUGGUCCUCGUGUUGCAUUUGGUGCCCAGUCUGGGAAGAACAUGCAUGGGAGUUCGCAAGGACUUAUGCCUAGAUCCUGGGUCUCUAUGCGAGAUGAGCUCGCUUCAGGAGUGUCCCUGUGCCGAAGGCUAUUGGCCUCAAAUUGACCCUCCCAUGUAUAGCAUCAAAGAGCAAGGAAUUCACUUCGGAUGCUGUCCCGGACGUGGUGUCAGUGCAUGUGGCCCACAAAAAGCAACCAUCCGAACCUAUGCAGAGGUUAGCUCAUCACUAUGCUUGCUUGGCAUUUUGCUGACUACCUUGGUGAUUCACUACAGGCAACCUCAAGCUUGGAGGAUCAAGAGCGGGGAUUCUGCCAUUGAGAACGCACCACUGGUCCAUGAUGGUGCUCAGUUGCAUGCACAAGUCUCGAUGGACCGCUGGUGUAUUAGCCUGGAGGAUCUCAAGCAGUUCAAGCGAUUGGUUUGUCAAGCUGUGGCUGCGGGCCGCAUUUGCCCUACUGAGACGGAUCCCUUUGAUCCCACCGACUAUAGCAUUGGCCCAUCGAUGUACACGGUGACCGAACAGUACAUUAAAUCGGUAACUGCUGCUGCUGGAAACGUCAGUUGGGCGUUGAUGAAGAAUCCCGAUGGCUUGCCGUGCGACGUUUUCAUCACUCACGCUUGGGCUGAAGGUAUUUAUGAAUUCGUGGACAGAGUGGUUCAAAGCUGGCCACGAGGUGGGCGAGCGGCCUAUGUGUGCUUCUUAUCGAAUCCGCAAAACAUGGACAUUGCCGAUUUGAUUUCUACACCUGAGGAAUCUCCGUUUGCAAAGGCUUUGGACUCGUGCAGGCAUGUCCUUGCAGUACCAAAUCGCAGAUGUAGCAUCUACUCGAGGCUUUGGUGUGUCUAUGAGGCGUUUCUGGCUUACUCUUGGAACAAGCCCAUCACGAAUGCAACAUCACAUGACUUCAAUACCUGGGCCUACUUGCUGCGGAUGCUCUUUCUCAGCCAGGCGAGCUUAUCCGUGGGUUUGCUUUUGCCCUUGAACCUGGCGACGGUGUGCUUCUUACCAUGCAUCAUUCUGGGGAUGCUCUUCAUGAUCCUUUUCCUCCUCUCCUUCAGCAAAUGUGGUGGGUACAAGUCCCACUUGCAGAAAUUCGCCGUGAUCGGCCUGGUGAUCUCCGGCAGUGUGAGCUAUGCAUGUGAUGUGAGCAUGGGCCGUGCUUUGUUUGAAGACAACUGGCUCAUUGCUGCGCAAUACAUCUCCCUAGGCUUGAUUGGAACUGUUGCGAUGGAGCUCGACCGGCUAAACUCUGUGGCGGCGGAUGAGUCUGCUGAAGACCUACGCCGAGACUUUAGUGGGCGGUUGUCAGAUGCAGAGUGCUCAGUGGAAGGUGACAGAAGAUCUUGGAGGAAGUGCAGAUCAGUGGCCAUGAGAUUCUUGUGCUGUUGA